CUGCUGCUGACACGCUCACUCUGCUGAUUCACUUCAGCUCAGAGUUCACCAGACCGGAGAACGACGACGACGUACUGCUGUGAAAUAUUUCAUCAGCAGUGAGUCUGGACAAUAACCAUGAAACAAGCCAUGGAGGAUGGUGUCAGUGAGAUGCUAUCCAGUGUGGUGGAAGACGUCAGUCAGGCCGUCGUCCAAGACAUCGGUGGAGCUCAGCUCCUGCACGAGCUGCUGAGUGCACCGUGGCUGCGCUCUCUGCUGAAGAUUUACGAGUGCCUGUUGCAGUUUGAGAAGUCAACGCCCACACCGCUUCUGCCUUAUGCCUCAGGACUGUCACGAGAGAUUAUUAUUACAAUACAGAAGCUUCACCGUCCCUCAACUGAAGCCAGAGAACUCUACAGCCUCCUCAGCUCACCUCACAUCCAGGCCGUCCUAUCGUCCCAUGACAGUGUUGCUCAGUCGGACUAUGGACCUGUGUUACCUCCUCUGCCUGAUGAGAUGCCUGAGGACGAGGAGGCCAUGAGGAUCGUUUGUCUGGUGAAGAACAACCAGCCGCUGGGAGCGACGAUUCGUAGGGACGAGGAGACGGGAGAGAUCUACAUCGCCAGAGUGAUUCAUGGAGGACUGGCAGACCGCAGCGGCCUCCUCCAUCCUGGGGAUAUGUUGGUGGAGGUGAACGGGAACCCUGUAGUGGGUCUGGAGCCGGAGCAGGUCAUCCAGAUCCUGAUAAAUUCUCACGGGACGAUCCUGUUCAAAGUGAUUCCUGACGCCGGUCAGAGUGGCAACAGGCACAAGGCGGUGUACAUGCGUGCGAUGGUGGACUACUGCCCCCUGCAGGACGCCUCCAUCCCGUGUCCUGACGCCGGUGUGGCGUUCAGCCGAGGUGACCUGCUGGAGGUGGUCGACCAAUCAGACGCUCACUGGUGGCAGGCCAGGAAGCUGCCCUGCACGGCGUCCUGCGCCGGCCUCAUCCCGUCUGCUGCCACGCUCAAGAGUAAACAGAGGGAGCAGUGGUGGAGUCAGCCCAGCCAGGUCCACACCUGCAUCAGACCCUUGUCUCUGCCUGAUGACGACGAAGAUAAAAGUCUCUCUGACGACAGACGGACAGAGCUGGAAGACUUUCACCUCGAUGAAGCCGAAUCUGACGUGACUGAAGGAAUCUACCUCGCUGGGUUCCGGCGGAGCUUCCGUCUGUGGCGGCGGUCGUCCUUCAGGCGGCGCCGCCAGUCGUGCACGUCGUGCUCGCCGAGCAGCAGCGGGCUGUCCACGCCGUACGAGGAGGUGGUGCUGUACCAGCGCCUCCCGCAGGAGAACCACCGCCUCGUCGUCCUCAUUGGAGCUACCAGAGUCGGAGUGAAUGAACUCAGGAAACGACUCAUCAAACUGAACCCGUCCACCUUCCAGGGACCUGUACCCCACACGACUCGACCAAUCAAAGCAGGGGAGCAGACUGGGCGAGAGUACCACUUUGUGAACAAAGAGCUGUUUGAAUACAUGGUCUGCAACCACAGGUUUGUGGAGUAUGGGGAGUACCGUGGUCAUCUUUAUGGGACAAGCAUUGACUCGAUAGACGAGGUGAUGAGACGAGGACGGAUGUGCAUCAUCGACGUUGAACCACACAGCAUUCAGCAGCUGAGGACCAAGAAACUGAAGCCGUACGUGAUUUUCAUCAAAGCUCCAAGUUCAGACGACCUGAGACAAACCAGGAGGGAUGCCAGGGUCCUCACCAACUGCCCCGUGAACAGAGCCUUCACCGAGGACGACUUCGUGGAGCUGGAGGACGCGUCCCGGCUGAUGGAGAUGAAGUACUGUCAGUUCUUCGAUCGAGUUCUGGUGAACGAAGACGUGCAGGACGCCUGCAGGCAGCUCUGCUCCCUCAUACAGGAGAUGCAAGAGGAGGCACAGUGGAUCCCCGCCAGCUGGACCCGGACAGACGAGUGACAGGAGG